AUCGCCCAGAAUCACUUCCGGUGGAGGGAUUGACCUUUGCCCCCGCUGCCUUGCUUCCUUCCUUUCCUGUAGCGGCUCCACGAGAAGACGUAACAAAAUGGCUCCACGUAAGGGUAAGGAAAAGAAGGAAGAGCAGGUGAUCAGCCUGGGGCCACAAGUGGCUGAAGGGGAGAACGUGUUUGGAGUCUGCCACAUCUUUGCCUCCUUCAACGACACCUUUGUACAUGUGACCGAUCUGUCUGGCAAGGAAACAAUCUGCCGCGUGACCGGUGGCAUGAAGGUGAAAGCCGACAGAGAUGAGUCCUCUCCUUAUGCUGCUAUGUUGGCUGCUCAAGAUGUCGCCCAGAGGUGCAAGGAACUUGGCAUCACCGCUCUUCACAUCAAGCUCCGUGCCACCGGUGGCAACAGGACCAAGACUCCUGGACCUGGUGCCCAGUCUGCCCUCAGAGCAUUGGCUCGUUCUGGCAUGAAAAUUGGCCGCAUUGAGGACGUAACACCCAUCCCUUCAGACAGCACCCGCAGAAAGGGUGGUCGCCGUGGUCGUCGUCUGUAGUUAUCCAGCCUUGUCAUUCAAUUGUUAAUAAAAUUAUCAGACCAAAA